GCAGCCCAGGCCGGGCCAGUGGGGGUGGCGGAAACGGACCGGGCCUCGCGCCUAGACCCCUGCUGCGGCUGAGGGAUGAAACCAGCCACGUUACAGCCGCCCUCGUCCGAGCGCAGCCCCGCAGCUUCUCCCCUCCCGCACCCGGCGGCGCCCCGCGUGGGCCAGAGGAGCCGUGGGCGAUAGCCAAGGCGCUGGUCCCACUGCGGCCGGCGGGAGAUUUAAACAGCUGCAGAGAGAGAGGCUGGCCCCGCGUGCCCGCCCCUCAGGCUUGGCGCUCCGCCUGUAGAAGAGCUCUGUGGCGCUGGGAAGCGUGUCACCGAGAGGCCGUGGCCCGGCAGGAGGUACUGCCUCCCCCGCCUUGUCACUCUCGUCUGCUGGCCCUGGGGCUACAGUAACCUGCACAGUCUGGGCUGAUGUGAGGUGCGUCCGAGGGAGACUACACUUCCCAGCAUGUCCUGCUCUGUUUCCGGCCAGACAACAGGUGGUCUGCGCUUGGAUCCAGAUGUGCUGGGGUGUGUGCCCUGCCUUGGAGAGAACAGAUGUUUUUAACCAUCUUACCAAUUGUUUUGAGGUCUGUCAAUAAAUUGAAUAAAUAACACUCAAUCAGCAGUCUUUGCUUCAAUAAAUGAAUCAGCUUCAAUUAAAUCCAAGUAAAUUUCUAAUUUCUAUAGUGUAUUUCUGAUGUAAUGAGCAAUGCUGAUUGUGUCAUACAUUUAAGUAGUUAAAUGUCAUUUUGAAGCAUAUUCUUGUGCUAGUUUCUAUAGGUCAUGGUUACUUUUGUCCAACCAGGUUGCAAAAACAUUUUUUCCUAGUUUAAGAUGUGUGUGCGUGCACACAAGUAAUCUGGUGAUAUAUAUUAUUUUGGAAAACAAUGGUUUAUGUAAAGGUAUUGUAAUGCAUACAAUGGAGUGAUAACUAUUAGCACUGGAAGUUUGUGGCUUUGGUUACAAAAAUAUAUUCCCUCUGUAUUUUAAAGGACAAUGCCAACUCAAUAGUGCUAACAAUUGCAUAAGCAAUAAUUUUCUCCUUGUCCCCUGUCAAUUUUUGUGGUUUUAAAAUCACGUUUUUCCAAAAUAUUACUGUGUGAAAGAUCCACAUACAUUAAAUGCUGGCAAAUUCACAAAUAAAACAAACUGAAGAACUAGACAUAUUUUUCUCAUUAAUCUAAGAGAAAGCUCUCUUUGUUUUAGUGAUCAUAGGUAUUAUUUGUAACAGUUAAAAAAAAUAUGGAAGUGUUCCUCUACCAUGUUCAUAAAAAUGUGUUGUUAGAUGAAAAACAGGCAAAAGCCUGUGCAUGGGACUGAGGAUGUGCCUCAUAAUAUUUCUCUCACUAUAUAUAUAUAAGUCAGUGCCUAGGCAUGACAGAAAGUUUGGUUAUCCUUCCUUUAGUAAAUUUUAGUUAGACCUCUUCUCUAACAUUGGGUCUGUUCCUGCAGCCUUGAAAUAAGUGAGAAUAUGCCAUUUAUUUUAUAUUUUUAUGUAAUGUUUUGUGGUGGAUAUUUGUUUACAGUUAAUAUAAAUUGCCUGGGACUGGAAUUAUAAUCUACAGGAGAACUCCAGCAGUUAUUUAACAAUAAUUGUAUCAACUCUUAAGUUUUCUUGUUUGUUUCCUUCAAGCUCAUGCAGAAUUUCAGCUUGAUGACAUUGAACUUAUGUGGAUAAUUAUGAUUAAACAAUAACUGAAUUUGUGCAGUUAUAAACAUGUAGAAGAGUUUUUCAUCAAGUGUUUGGAAGUAAGCUGUGUAACCUUCUUAACAGUAAGUAAAUGAUAUAUGAGGAAAACCAAGGUGAUCUGGCUUUGAAAGCACUUUUCUGUUUUUAUUAUUACCAGUCUUCACUUAUUUAAAUAGCCUUAAAUUACCUCUUUAAAAACUUUGUGAUCUCUUCACCCCUUGAUGCAUGAGAUUGCUUUGUUUUUGAGAACUGUACGUGUUUCUUCUGCAGUAGCAGAUAUCACUAAUACUUAAGGUCAAAUUCCGCUCACCUUACUUAUAUGCAAAGUCAUAUUAAAAUCAAUAGGACUACUUGCACAAGUAAGGCAAACCGAAUUUAGUCCCUAAUCAAUGCAGACAGCUGAGUUCCUUGCAGUUCUUUAACUCUUUGAUUAUUUUGUUUUAUAGUGCCCACACACGUAAUAAGUUCUGCAAACAGAACACAUAGAAGCAAGGCCUCUACCCCAUUCACAAUUCACUUUGGGGACUGAAGAUUAUAUACUUAAAAUGACCCUUCAGGAGAUGGUGCAUCAGGCAGCCAGCCUGUAUUCUGAUAGAAAAGCAGUAUGUUUUGAUGAAUGUAAUGAUAAACCUUCAGUUUUCUACACUUACAAGGAGGUUGUUAGUCUUGCCACAGAAUUAACAGUUUUCCUGCAAAACUACUGUGACCAAAGAGGAAGGUUUGAAAUAGGCCUUUACUGCUAUCCUGGAAUAAAUUUACCAUCUUGGAUUUUAGGAAUCCUCCAAGUUCCAGCUGCAUAUUCUCCUCUUGAUCCAGAUGCACCACCAGUGUUAUCUAAUUAUUUUAUGAAGAAAUGUAACCUCCAGUAUAUCCUUGUUGAGAAUGACAAAAUAAAGAAAUUCAAACUAUCCCAUGCUGGCUGGUUUUACCAGAGUUCUUUUGCAAUAGAUGAUGUUGGUUUAACUCUUUUCCAAAUUAAUUGGAAUGAUGUUGAUGUAAAUCUACUGUUAGAUGGCACAGAAGACAAAAAUGGAAUCUCCAGAGCUGCAAGUGAUUGGAAGACAGAUUACAUAGCUGACCUGGACCAACUUAAAUCAGAGACAUCACAAAGGGGAUACAUGGAUGUCAGGCAGCAAUAUUCUUUGGCAUACAUCUUGCAUACAUCAGGAACUACAGGGAUCCCCAAAAUAGUCAGAGUACCUCAUAAAUGUAUUGUGCCAAAUAUUCUUCAUCUUCAAUCCCUAUUUAAGAUCACACCACAUGAUAUGCUGUUCCUGGCCUCACCUCUGACGUUUGAUCCAUCUGUAGUUGAGUUGUUCGUUGCUCUGACAAGUGGAGCCUCUCUGCUUAUAGUACCAAACCCCAUAAAAAUGAUGCCUCUGAAGUUGUCUGCCACUCUUUUUCACCGUCACAGGGUGACAGUAUUGCAGGCAACACCCACAUUUCUCAGACGAUUUGGAGCUCAACUUAUUAAGUCAACUGUGUUGUCUACCAGUACUUCACUCCGUGUCUUAGCCCUUGGUGGAGAAGCAUUUCCUGCGCUGAAUAUCUUGAGAAGCUGGAAGGGAAGGGAAAACAAAACACAUGUUUUUAAUCUCUAUGGCAUUACAGAAGUAUCAAGCUGGGCCACAUGCUACAGGAUUCCAGACGAAGUUCUUAGCUCUGAUCUUCGAUUUGAUUCCCCUGUACCACUGGGAUCACCACUGCUUGGAACAACAAUUGAAGUCAGAGAUGCCACUGGUUCUGCAGUUCUAGAUGGAGAGGGACAAGUUUUCAUAGGUGGUAAAGAACGAAUCUGCUUCCUUGAUGACGAAGUAACUGUCCCUUUGAACACAAUGAGAGAAACAGGGGACUUCGUGAGAGUGAAGGAUGCAGAGAUGUUUUUCUUAGGACGGAAGGACAAUCAGAUUAAACGUCAUGGCAAACGUCUUAAUAUUGACUAUGUACAGCAGGCUGCUGAAGGUCUUUGUCAUGUGGAAGCCUGUGCAGUGACAUGGUAUCGACAGGAAAAGUUAAUCUUGUUUGUUGUACCUAAAGACAACUUAGCAAGAGACAUUCUUAAGGAACUCCAGAAACAUCUCCCAACCUACGCAAUCCCUGAUGAACUUGUGCUGAUAGAAACUUUGCCCUUCACAUUGCAUGGCAAAAUUGAUGUUUCUGAGCUGUGCAAGAUUUACAGUAACCAUCUAAAUUCCAGAAGGCAUGACAGUAAACUGAGAGGAGCAGAGGAAUUGUGGGAAAGAUUGCAGUAUUUAUGGAAGUCUCUCCUGAGUCUUCCAGAUGAUUCACCCAGCAUUUCCAAAGAUUCACUGUUUCUGUGCAGUGGUGGAGAUUCCUUGAAGUCACUACGGUUUCAUGAUGAGAUUGAGAGUUUGGCAGGCAAGGCCAUUCCUGGGCUCCUGGAAGUUAUUCUCAGCAGCUCCAUUGCUGAGGUUUACCAACAUGUUCUUAAAGCUGUAUUCCCAAGUGAGGACCAAAUAAUGAAUCAUAAGACUGUGAAAAGAAAACUGAAUGAGAGCAGUGGAGAGAAAUUCCAUGGAGAGCACACAAAACCAAAAUCUAGAAGGUACUUUAAUGCUGCUGCAGGAUUGACUGCAUUUAUUGCACUAAACCGAGGAAAUCGGAUGUUGUCGAUGACUUCCCCUGAGUCUCUUAUGAGCCCAUAUAAUGCAGGACAGGCAGGAACAGAGUUAAGACAACAAGCAUCUUAUUCAUCUGCUGUAACUUCUAAUACAAUGAAAUAUGAAGUGACAGAGAAUAAAUCUGGAAAGAGCAGAAGCAGUCCAGAAAUUGCAAGCAAAGCAAAUGAAACAGGUACUCAUUCUGUAGAACAAGCUCCUUUAACAAUGCCUGAGAAGCUGAUAUUACAUGUAAGAUGGAAGUCAAAUAUGGGCAAAUGUGUAGAUGCCUCCCCAUUAGUUAUAACACCAGCCACGGAUGAUUUAUCUGCAACUGUAUACGUUGGGUCUCAUUCUCACACAAUGCAGGCAAUUGAUUUACACUCAGGAAAAAUCAAGUGGGAGACAGUCCUUGGAGAUCGUAUUGAAUCCUCUGCAUGUGUGUCUAAGUGUGGAAACUUCAUAAUUGUUGGCUGCUAUAAUGGUUUAGUGUAUGUACUCAGAAGCCAUAGCGGGGAAAUACACUGUAUCUUUACCGCUGAAGAUGCUGUGAAAAGCUCUGCAGUUGUGCAUCCUUCCACUGGACUAGUCUACAUUGGAUCGCAUGACCAGCAUAUAUACGCUUUGGAUAUUUAUAAGGAGGAGCGUGUCUGGAAGCUGCACUGUGAAGGUGGAGCUGUGUUUUCGUCUCCUUAUCUAAGUAUCUUGCCAGAUCACCUGUAUGCUGCUACACUAGGAGGACUUUUACUGGCUAUAAAUCCAGUUUGGCAGUUUUCCACCAGUGGACCAGUCUUUUCAUCCCCAUGUGUAUCAAGUUUAACUAAGCAAGAAAUAUAUUUUGGCUCCCAUGACUGCUUUAUCUACUGCUGUAAUAUAGAAGGUAAUUUACUGUGGAAAUUUGAAACCACUUCAAGUGUAUAUGCAACUCCCUUUGUUUUCCAUAGUCAUGACUUGGAGAGUGAAACGCUGCUGGCAGCAACAUCCACAGAUGGUACAGUGUGGAUCCUGAAUGCUAAGAAUGGAUUGGUAGUGGGUGUCAAUAAACUUCCAGGAGAAGUAUUCUCUUCCCCUGUAGUAUGUGGAUCAAAGCUUGUUGUUGGCUGUAGAAAUAAUUAUGUUUAUUGUCUAGAUUUGUGUAUCUCUGAGAAAACAAGAACUACUAGGAUGUGUUAAUCUGCUUCAUUUCUAGUGUUUACACUUGGACGUUAAGAACAUCCUUGAAUUGUACUUUAAAGCAUCCAGGCCUGUAGGUGCUGCUCUUAGCCCAUUCUACUUUUGCAAAAUUUAUCAUGUUUACAAACUUUUGUUAGUUAACAAUUUUGCACCAACAGGCAUGUCUACGCUGCAAUAAAAGACGUGUGGCAGUGAGUCUCAGAGCCUGGAUCAACUGACUUGGACUUGUGCUGUGGGGCUAAAAAGAGCGCUUUUUAGUCCCGUAGCAGGAGCUUGAGUCAGUUGACCCUGGGCUCUGAGACUCGCUGCCGCAGGUUUGUUGUUGCAGAGUCAAUGUACCCGUUGUCUUGUCUGGACUAGGAAAAAUGUGUGGUUUUCUUUUAAAAUUUUGCCUAUGUGCUGUUUAAAACAUGAUAGUGCUUAAUGGCAACAGUAUGUAAUACUUUUUAAAAUGUUACGUGGUCAUGGUCCCCCUAGUCAUGACCUCCGAAUACUUUUUUAAGGUGUUAGUGUCUACACUAGGUAGACAUUGGUGCUAGCUAACAUUUUUCAGAGUCAAGCUAUUUUCCUAAUCAAGAGAGGGCAAUUGACUUAAUGAUUGCUUAGCAUCACGUGUCUGAUUUAAGCUGAAUUUUAAUAAAAAAAUAAAU